CUUAUUAAGUUCGUAUAUUUUAUUUUUUAUAAAGAAUUAAAUAUUAUAAAAGACUUAGUAUACGUAUUUACUAAGGUUAUACUUUUGAACUAUAGUUUAUUAAAAAAAAUUAUUUUAAUAAAAAUAAGCUAUUUAUUUUAA